AUGAAUUAUGGUUAUGGCAUUUUCAGAUACAUAAAACACUCCAUAGAAAAAAUAGUACAAUCAAAUAAUCAAAGAAUUGAAAUAAAAAAAGAAUUUGAUUUAAAAAACAAUUGUACAUUUGAAAAUGUAAUAACUAUUGAAAAUGAUCCUAUGGAAUUAGUCUUAUAUAAAAAAACAAAACAUCCAACUCAAGCAAAUACUCUAAAACGCCACAUGAAAACUCAUUCUGAAGAAAAUCUAUACCUCUUAAAGCAUAUGGAACCUUUUCAGUACAUCAAAAAAUUUAGACAGAAAACUUAUUUGACAAAAUACACAAGAACUGAUACCAGUGAGAAACCAUUUAAAAGUGGUUCUUGUGAAAUAUCAUUUGCUCAAUUGUCCAAUUUAAAAAGGCAUAAGAUGAUUCAUGCUGGUGAAAAGCCUUAUAAAUGUGAUUCAUGUGAAUUAUCAUUUGCUCGAUUGUACAAUUUACAAAGGCAUACAAUGAUUCAUACAGGAGAAAAGCCUUACAAAUGUAAUUAUUGUAAACAAUUAUUUAGGCAAAAUUCGUAUUUAAAAGAACAUAUAAGGAUACAUACUGGUGAAAAGCCUCAUAAAUGCGGUUCUUGUGAAUUAUCAUUUGCUCAAUUGUCCAAUUUAAAAAGGCAUACAAUGGUUCAUACUGGCGAAAAGCCUUAUAAAUGUGAUUCAUGUGGAUUGUCAUUUGCUCGAUUGUCCAAUUUACAAAGGCAUACGGCGAUUCAUACAGGAGAAAAGCCUUACAAAUGUACAUAUUGUAAACAAUUAUUUAGGCAAAAUUCUAAUUUGAAGCGACACGUAAAGUCGCAUACCAUACAGAAACCAGAGAGUGGUAUAUUUAAGAAAAAUAAUAUAUAUGACAAUAUUAUAACUGAUACUAGGUAG